AUGCAAAAGUCGGAAAUGAAGAUGCUGCAGAAUGUUGAAGACAAGAUUCAGGAACACCGCACCACACAAGAACAGCUGAUUGCAGAGUUGCACGAAUUUCGAUCCAGCCACGAUAAGAGCCAAAGUACAAUGCUUGCCGAGCUACAUACACUGGAAAAUAGAGUCGCGCUUAAUUUAAGCGAAGUUUACAAGCGAAAUCAGGAAAAUAUCAAUGCGGCUUUGCAUAAAAUUGAUAAAGACAUCGGAGAUGUGUUGAAAUAUCACCACAAACAAACAUUCUUUCCCUCGUGCAAAGAUGUUCCAUCGAACGAGUCUGGAACAUAUCGGAUACGCGUAAAAACUGACGGUGUGAGUGUCCCAUUCGAAGUGUACUGCGAACAGAAAUCGUUCGGUGGUGGAUGGAUAGUGUUUCAGUACCGUUUCGACGGAUCACUGGACUUUUACCGAGACUGGAAUGAGUUCCGCGACGGAUUUGGUGAUUUGAACAAAGAGUUCUGGUUGGGUCUUGAGAAGGUCCACCAGAUAACAAGUGGCCGGAAGCACGAACUGAUCGUUGAAUUGAAAGACUUUGAAGGAACAUACAAAUAUGCACGUUAUGAUACAUUCGAAAUAGGUAGUGAAAGUGACCAAUACGACCUAAAGCAUAUCGGAAAUUAUAGUGGAACUGCUGGUGAAAAAAUGUCCCAUAAUAAGGGUUCGAAGUUCUCAACGAAAGAUCGGGAUAAUGAUGAAUUCGGCGGGCAAUGUGCACGACUCUACGAAGGUGCAUGGUGGCACUUUUCUUGUACUGCAGUGAAUUUGAACGGGCGAUACAUAAACGAUGAAGAUCAUAAAGCAAUGUUUUGGUAUGAUUUCAAAGACAGCGCUCAAGGAUUGAGUUACUCGCGAAUGAUGAUCCGAGAGUUGGAAUAGCGUUUUUAG